AUGCCUGCUCUGCAGGAGACGCACACUGAUUCCAGCAACCAGUAUCAAGACUGGAGUGAUGAGAAUGACCCAAGCGACCCGAGGAACUGGUCCACCAGCCGCAAGGUCCUGACCACAGUCAUCUGCUGCCUCAUCGGGUUCAUCACCACCAUGGCUGCGUCCAUUUAUGCUCCUGGCACCGAGCAAGUGCAGGCCGACUUUGGGGUCUCUUCGACCGUGUCGAUCCUGCCGUUGUCGACGUACACCCUGGGCCUCGCGUUCGGCCCCGUGAUCUCUUCUCCCCUGUCGGAAACGUUUGGGCGCAAGGCCGUGUUCGUGCUCACCCUGCCCUUGUUUGACGUCUUUGUGGUUGGGUCGGGACUGUCGCGAAGCAUCGGGUCGUUGAUUACGUGCCGGUUCUUCGCCGGGCUGUUUGCCGCCCCGGGAGUCUCCGUGACGGCGGCGACCAUCGCCGACUGUCUUCCUCCUUCGAGUCGCGCCGUGCCCUUGGCCAUCUAUUACUCCGUCCCUUUCAUGGGAAGUGCGUUAGGGCCCUUGGUCGGUGGCUUCGCGGUCCAGAGUCGCGGCUGGCGAUGGACCUGCUGGGCCGUCCUGCUGCCUGCGGCCCUGAUCCAUCCGUCGGCGCUCUUCCUCCGUGAGUCUUACAAGGCGACAAUCCUGCGACGUAGAGCAAGAGCGCACGGGGUGGCAGCGCUACCGGGAUCGCACCAGACGUUCCGCCAAGCUCUGAGCAAGUUGGCGACCUCGACCAUCAUCCGGCCGCUCCACAUGCUCGGCACGGAGCCGCUCGUCGGCUUCAUCUGUCUGUACACGGGGUUCCAGUUUGCAUUGCUCUACACCUUCGUGGUGACGACUCCGUGGGUCCUGAGAAAAGUCUAUGGCUUCUCUCCGAGCGGCCAGAACCUGUCAUUCCUGGGCCUUGUGACGGGCUGCUUGGUGGCUUCCUGUGUGCUCAUUCUAGUCGAUCGUUUCUUCUAUCAACCCCGAUACAAGCAGCUCCAGGCGGCCCGAGAGCAGGCAGUCGGAAGACCCGAAUUACCGCCGGAAACCAAGCUCCUUGCCGCGUUGUAUGGGAGUCUGAUGCUGCCGACUGGCCUCUUCUGGUUUGCGUGGUCAACACGGCCGUCAGUCCAUUGGAUCAACUCGAUCAUUGCACAAGCAGUAAUCAUGCUGGGAAGCCUGCUCAUCUAUGUGCCUUGCAGUUUCUUCAUGCUGGACGUGUACGGCUCUAAAUACGGGGCUUCCUCGAGCGGCGCGUCUUCUUUGUCUCGCUAUACCUUGUCGGCGGCCUUUCCGCUUUUUGUCACGCAGAUGUAUGAGCGCCUCGGCGUGGAUUGGGGUUCGUCUCUGUUGGGGUUUUUGGCUCUGGCCAUGGCUCCGAUUCCCUGGCUGUUUUCAAGAUUCGGGCCCGCACUGAGAGCACGAAGUGCCUACGAGCACGGGACUUGA